AUGAAAAGACGAGGAGGGACCGUCGGCGGGGGGGGGCACGGUGCGGCGGGGGGGGCAUCGUCCCGCCGCGAUGGCGAGGGAAAGCUCCGGAUCCACCUGAAGCGCUCGUGCACGGACAAGAAGCUGGUGCAGGGGCACACUGCUGCGCUUGGCCUGACAACGGAUGAUUGGCACAAGUUCAAGAAGCUUCUGGCCUCUAAGACGUUCGCCGUGCACGACACAAAGCGCAUCAGGGGCGAGGACCUCACGGCCGAGUGGGCGGCGGAGAACGGCUUCCGAGAGCCUGUCAUUGCACCGGAUAAGGGCGGCAUGGGCCUUGAGGUACCAGAUUCGUCCUUCACCGUGGCGGACGUCGCUCGCGUUGUCGGCGAAGACAAGGCCAUCCGACCCAUACACGUGGGGGAACAGGCUAACAUCGAUCAGAGCAUGACGCUGGCCGAGUUUGCGGAGUACUUCGAGACGUGCACCAAGCCUGGACAAGCGAUCCUCAACAUGAUCUCCUUGGAGUUCAGUGACUCGCCGUUGGCCAAGAUGGUUCAGUCGCCGCAGCUCGUGCGAGACAUGGAUUGGCUUCACCGGUGCUGGCCGGCGGACCGUUUGCAGGAAGGACAGUUCCCUAAGGUUCAGUACUACUGCCUCAUGAGCCAGGGCGGCUCGUAUACCGACUUCCACGUCGACUUUGGCGGCACCAGUGUGUGGUACCACAUCCUAAGAGGCAAAAAGGAGUUCCUGCUGAUCCGUCCAACGAAAAAGAACCUGGAACUGUACGAGGGCUGGAUUAGGAGCCCGACGCAGAGUCAGGUCUUCUUCGGCGACCUCGCCGACACGUGCUACAGGGUGGUGCUCAAUGCCGGGGAGACUCUAAUGAUCCCCUCGGGCUGGAUCCACGCCGUCUUCACGCCCAAGCCGUCCCUGGUGUUCGGCGGCAACUUCCUGCACUCGCUCAACAUCCCCAUGCAGCUGCAGGUCCACGGUAUCGAGGCGCGGGCCAAGAUCCACAGCAAGUUCCGCUUUCCUUACUUCAAGGAGAUGAUGCUCUUCGCAGCCUCCAACUUCCUGAACACUCUCCGCGAGCAGCAGGGAGAGCUAGACGCACCUAGCACGGAAACCGCCGAAGGCGUUGCCGAUGGCCCACGAAGUGAAGUGGGGGCGACGCCUGAUGAAAACAGUCCCACGGCAGGGCCUGUAGAGGAACAGAAGCCCGGGGCGGUGGAGGCGAGCGGCGCGACAGGGACCACCGUGCCGAAGAGUGGUGGUGCCGGUAACGGCGCUCAGAACGGUGCCCGAAUUUCGCUGAGUUCGUGGGAGAGGGAAGGGUUGCGACCGCUUUUGGAGGCAUGCCGGGCAUGGAUGAAGGAACAGGAGGAAGAAGAGGGCGGCGGCAAUGAGGAGGAAGGCGUGCCGGAAGAGUGGAACCUUGCCGCCGCUUCUGCGGGAUGUUCGGACGUCAACGCCAUGCUCGCGGAGCUUGAUCGUCGUGUCUCCGCCCUGGGAGAAGAGACAACCACCGAUACCAAGGCCACUGCUGGCUCUCCCUCUUGGGCUGGACAAGCAGCCGAGGCCGACAUCCUUUCGGAUGGUAACCCUCCCGCGAUCGGUGGCCCCGGCAGCAGCCCCAAUAUCUCAACCGACGGCUCUGUCGACAGCAGCGGUGUGACGAAUGACGCAGAUCACGUGGACCCUGGUGGCGGGAGCGGAGCGGCAGCGCUUCUACUGGCGGCGGCGGCCACAGAUACCCUCGAGGCCGACGCGGGCGGGGGGGACGCGCAGAUGGCGUCAGCGCCGCCCAAUCCCACGGGCUCGACGGCCACCCCACCCGACGGGCCUUGUGGCGGUGGAGGGGAGGGUGAUGGGCCAAGGGUCCGGGUGCCGGGGAGGGGUUACCCGACCCCCGAAGACGCCGCGGCGGCGGCGGCGGCGGCGGCGUCCUCGUAUUCUAUCCCGAAGCUGAAGCUCUCGAUCAAGCCGCAGCAGGACCAGUCGUCUUCUUCCUCUUCUUCUCCGCGGGCGUCGAGCAGCAGCCGCGGUGGUGCGAGCGGGAGCGGCGGCGGCAAGGCCGGGGGGGGCGGACUUAAGUUGGUCUUGAAAGGUCCCGCGCUUUCUUCCGCAGGGGGCUCCGCGGGUUCAUCAGGGGGAUCCGCCGGUGUCGGGCGAGGUAGGAAAGGGGGGGGUGGGGGCGGGGUCAGCGCUGGGAAGAAGCGAGGGAGACAGCAGCAGCAGCAGCAGCAGCAGCAGCAGCAGCAGCGGGAGGAGAGACGAUGGAAAGAGGACUCCGAUGACUCGGACGAGUACGAGACGAGAGACGACAGCGAUGAAGAGGAGGAGGAGGAGGAGGAGGACAGCGGCGACGAUACGCGCAUCGGCAGGGGGGGCAAGCGGAAGGCGAGACCGCUCGGCAGCAGGCUGAGAGCGAUCGCCAGGCUUGGGGAUGACGCGGCGGCGGGGGACUCGGACGACGACAACUCGGCGGACGAGUACAAGCCCGAUGCUGAUGACGACGUUCUUCCAGAAGAUCAUAAGAUCUACGCCGAUGAACUCCCGCGAGAAACAAAAAAAGGGAAAUCGUCUCCGGGAGUUGGUGGCGCGCGCCCGCGUAACGCUUGGAGUGGCUUCGGCAGCGGUGCCGGAGGCGGGGCGCGAGCAGCAGGGAGUGGUACGGCCGGGCCGAGAGGGAAAGUUGGCGUGGCAGUGAUCGGCGGGGUGCAGCGAAGGCUGUCGGUGACGAAGCAGGAGGCGCUGAGGAGCAAGGGGAUGUUCAAGAUCGCGCCACCGUCGAAGGUGCCCCCGAAGCCGAAGGAAAAGAAACCGCUCACGGCGAAGCAGAAGCUCAUGGCGAAGAUGCGCCGUUAGGUCUUGUGACCACGCAGCCAUCCGUCGGUAGGGCUCUGCCUUUUGUUGCAUACAGUCUGUAGGACUUUGCCUGAGUUUUGGAUACAGCAGCUAGUAGAGUAGCUGUUGGUAGGGCUUCGCCUAAAGUGUUGCUAACAAGAGCAGUUUUCGGUAGGGCUGUGCCUAAAAUGUAUAAUAUGUCGGUAGCGAUUUGCCCCGGGGUGUGUAUCUGCC